GCCAUACCGUAAACAAACCAGCGGCGAGGGAGGCAAUAGAACCUCGAAAAGUUCUCACAUUUUUGCUAAUUUCUCCUUUAAUAUCGUGAAGUGAGCCCCAACAACCGCCAAGAUGCCUCGAGUAAUGAUCAAAGGAGGCGUGUGGCGCAAUACAGAGGAUGAGAUACUGAAGGCAGCGGUGAUGAAAUAUGGCAAGAACCAGUGGUCAAGAAUCGCGUCACUGCUCCACCGCAAGUCGGCCAAGCAGUGUAAGGCUCGCUGGUUUGAGUGGCUGGACCCGAGCAUUAAGAAGACCGAGUGGAGCCGUGAGGAGGACGAGAAGCUGCUACACCUGGCCAAGCUGAUGCCGACACAGUGGCGCACCAUUGCUCCCAUUAUCGGACGCACCGCCGCCCAGUGCCUUGAGAGAUAUGAGUAUUUGCUGGACCAGGCACAGAAGGGGGAGGAGGAGGACCAGGUGGAUGACCCUCGUAAACUGAAGCCAGGUGAGAUUGACCCCAACCCCGAGACAAAGCCAGCACGUCCUGACCCUAAGGACAUGGAUGAGGACGAGCUGGAGAUGCUGUCCGAGCGCGCACGUCUUGCCAACACACAGGGAAAGAAGGCUAAGAGAAAGGCCCGUGAGAAGCAGCUGGAGGAGGCUCGACGCUUGGCAGCAUUACAAAAACGGCGAGAGCUUUGUGCUGCUGGGAUUGACUUGCCACAAAAACGCAAAAAACGAAAGGGUGUUGACUAUAAUGAAGAAAUCCCGUUUGAGAAGGUUCCAGCACAGGGAUUUUACGACACCUCGCUUGAAAGUUACGAGCCCACGCAGCCGAAUUUCAAACGUUUACGACAGCAGCACCUCGACGGGGAGAUGCGUUCCGAGCGAGAGGAAAGAGAGAGAAAAAAAGAUAGGCAGAAAUUGAAGGAGAGAAAGGACCAGGGUGUUCCGUCAAGUGUGUUUGAAAAUGGUGGAGAUGCGUCAGCCAGAACUAAACGCAGCAAGCUCGUUUUGUCCCUCCCGCAGAUCUCCGAGGAUGAGCUGCACCAGGUUGUAAAGCUCGGCAAGGCGUCAGAGGCGGCACGAGAGCUGGCCGAGGAGGUGGGCGGCGGUGGUGGUGGCUCGGCAUCGCAGGCGCUACUUGGCGAAUACACCGUUACCCCAGGACAGGCUCUACGCACUCCACGCACCCCUGCAGACAUGGACCGAGUAAUGCAGGGGGCACAUGAUAUAAUGGCCCUGACGCACGUAGACACACCUUUGAAGGGGGGAGCAAACACCCCCUUAAACGUACAGGAUUUUAGCGGCAUUGAGCCAAACAAGGGAAGCGUCCAGACCCCUAAUACGAUUCUAGGUACACCUUUUCGCACCCCACAAGCGUAUACACCCCAGGCAACACCCCAGGCUCUCACCCCACGUGUUCCCGGCCCCACGGCGACCCCAGGGGCUACUCCGAUAAGGGAUAAGCUGAGUAUUAACGAAGAGACAGCCCUAGUGCCCAUAGAGGAUAAACAGGCCCUUAGGGUGUACCAGCGGGGGGUGAGGGACGCACUCCAGGCUGGCCUCAAAGGUCUUCCGGCGCCCAAGAAUGAUUUUGAGAUUGUUGUGCCAGAUGAAGAGGAGAGUGGGGUGGUGGAGGAGAGUGAUGCUGGUGGUGCGGUGGAAGAUCAAGCGGAUGUGGAUGCGAGAGCCCAGGCGGAGGCACAGGCACAGAGGGAGGCGGAGAUGAAGCGGCGAUCCCAGGCAGUCCAGAGGAACCUUCCCAGACCGCAGGAGGUGAACGCUUCAGUGCUGCGUCCGAUGCAUGCUGACGCCCACCUCUCGGACCAACAGAAGGCAGAGGAGCUUAUCAAGAGGGAGAUGGUGCUGAUGUUACACUAUGAUGCUCUACACACACCUAUGCCACACUCCACUAGGAAGGGCAACAUCGCAGCAGAGGCCAUGCACAGGGACUACUUGGAACGCCACCCCUACAGGCUCUAUGAGGAGGAGGAGCUGGAGGCAGCCAAGACACUGCUGAAGGAGGAGAUGGGGGUGGUGAAGCAGGGAAUGGGACAUGGAGAUCUUACCCUUGAUGCUUAUUCUCAGGUGUGGGAAGAGUGUCUGGCGCAGGUGCUGUUUCUGCCGAGCCAGUCCAAGUACACCCGCGCCUCUCUGGCCUCCAAGAAGGACCGCAUUGAGUCGCUGGAGAAGAGGCUGGAGCAGAACAGACAGCACAUGGCGAAGCAGGCCAAGAUUGCUGCCAAACUGGAGAAAAAACUCAAGAUUCUUAUGGGAGGGUACCAGGCCCGAGCAGCAUCACUCUCUGCCAGUCUGCAAGAUUCAGUGAGCCAGGUUGAAACGGCUGUCCUUGAGCAUUCCACCUUCGCGUUUCUCAAGCAGAUGGAAACCGUGGCCAUUCCUCGCCGCCUGGCCACCAUCUCGGAGGACGUGGCCAGACAGACGGACCGCGAGAGGGAGCUACAGAGGCGUUAUGACAUCCUCCAAAGGGAACUUGACGAUUUGAAGAUCAGUUUAAAUCCUCCAGCAAAUUCCGAGGUUUUGAUAUCCCCGCCUUGUGUGACGCCACCACUCUGUAAUGAAGAGGAUAGUGGUGAUGGUGGUAGUGGUGGUGGUGGUAGUGGUGGUGGUGGUAGGGAGAAAGAGGAAGAGGAAGAGGUGGAGGAAGAGGAGGAGGAGGAGGAGGAGGAGGAGGAGGAAGAGGAGGAGGAA